UCUUGCAAUCAAUUUUAACUUUUAUCUGGUGCUUUCAUUGCCUUGCAAUCCAAUUUCUUAUCUGAUUUCUUUUUCGCUCAACAUCACAUGCUUUUUUGAUAUGAUACCUGGAAUGGGUUUUGGUUUCUCCGUCCUGAUGGCUGCCUUCCGUUUUCUGCCCAGCUCCAAAGGAAUAUUUUCUUGUAGAAAACUGUUCUAUGACAACCUCUAGGAUAUGGAAGCCAUCCCAGGAGGAGUACUCCUUGGGCAGGAUCUUGAGUCUUGCUGGCUAGAGAUCAAGAACAAAAGCCACAUCAGCCUCUUGGCCCUCCUGUAGACGAUUUCUGGACCUCCUUACCAGAGAUAUCUCUCUUGUUAUCCAUCCAAACACCAUCCUUGUUAUUUUGCAUCAUUCCUUUUGUGCUUUAAAAGAAAUCUGUUAUGAUUUUCUUCUCUGACGCCAUAUCUGACCAAAUUGCCAAUAGCCUGAUACCAUUCCUUUUCCAGCUCUACAUACUACUGUCUUUUCCCUUCACAAGUGAUGGAGCAAAAGGAGGAUUCAGCUUCAAGAGAAAACGAGCAACUUAAAGCACAGAUGCCACAAGUCUCAGAAGAACCUGGUUACAACAAUAAUCAGCUUGAAUUUUCUUGCAGUCAUAUUUGUUCAUUCUCAAACCUGGAAUACAGCAUAUUAGACUCUGCAGAACGAUCAAAGUCAAGGGUGAAGCUUAUAGGGCUCAUAAUCUUUUACUCAGUAGUCAUGGUAGUAGAAAUUGUUGGUGGCAUGAAAGCCAAUAGCCUUGCUGUCCUUACGGAUGCAGCUCACAUGCUCACUGACAUUGCUGGAUCUUCCAUUUCUCUUUUUGCUGUAUGGGUGGCAGGCUGGGCAUCAACACCACGGCAGUCAUUUGGAUUCGGUCGUCUUGAAGUCAUGGGAGUCCUCCUAUCAGUACAGCUGAUAUGGCUUAUCUGUGGGAUUUUGAUUUACGAAGCAGUUGACAGAAUUCUCCACAAAAAUGCUAAGGUGAAUGGGAAACUCAUGUUUUUGAUUGCCUUAUUUGGAUUCUUGGUGAACUUGCUCAUGAUUUUCUGGCUUGGUCAUGAUCACACUCACCAUAGUCAUUCUCAUGAAUCUCAUGAAACCUGCAACAGUGAAGAGCAUGAUCAUGAAAUGGAGGAAUUAGACGUCAUGGGCGUUGAAGACACCAUAGGUCUGGUAUCACCUUCCCCACUGAACGUAAAGAUUUUAAACAUAAACAUACAAGGUGCUUACCUGCAUGUUAUGACUGAUAUCAUCCAGAGUGUCGGGGUAAUGAUUUCUGGAUUGAUCGUAUGGGUUAAACCAGAGUGGCUGGUGGUUGAUCUGCUCUGCACUCUUGUCUUCUCCAUUGCUGCACUUGGCACGACUCUGCCCAUGCUGAAAAAGGUAUUCUGUAUAUUGAUGGAGAGAGCUCCGGAUGAGAUUGACAUUGCACUCCUUGAAAAUGGCUUGAAGAGCAUAGAGGGACUUCAUGAUGUUCACGACCUGCAUGUUUGGGCGAUCACUUCUGGGAAGUUUGUGUUGGCCUGCCACAUUGUGAUUGGCCCUGGAGUAAGUCAAAAUGAAAUGCUCAGUAAAGUUGGGGAUUACUGUGAGAGAAGUUUCAAAAUUCAUCACGUUACUAUACAAAUUGAUCGUCAAGUACACUAAAUGCAGCAUUUCUCGCUUAUUCAGUCCUCUCUCCAGUCUCCGUUUGUGACUUUAUUUCAUAUUGAAAUACCUCGUCUGAAGAAAAUGUCAAUACGCAGAAAAACAUGCACGACGUUGCAGUCCAGGUGCUAGAGUGCCUAUGUUUAGUCCUGAAGUUAUCUCCA